UGCUACGGCGCGCCGCUCGAUCCUUCGCCGAGGACCCGCGAGAUCAGCCGUUCGGGAAGGGUCUCACCGAGGACCGCCCUCGCCCACCCUUGCGAAGGUUCUUCCCUUUUCCUAUGAAUCGUCAGCACCCGAGGAGGCCCGAGUCGACCUCGAGAAACCCCUGCCGUCGUUUUGUAAAAAGGUGUUGAUAACGGCGCCCGAGAGCGGAAGAGAAUGACGGAUAGCGGCCAGCAGCAAUUCUGCUUAAGGUGGAACAACUUUCAGGCGAACAUCACCAGUCAAUUCGAGGCGCUGCGCGAUGACGAGGAUUUCGUCGACGUUACCUUCGCCUGCGACGGCAGGCGCCUUCAGGCCCACAAGGUCGUCCUCUCGGCCUGCAGCCCUUACUUUAAGGAGUUGUUCAAGACAAACCCCUGCAAACAUCCGAUAAUCUUUAUGCGGGAUGUGGAAUUUGAACACUUGCAAUCAUUGCUGGAGUUCAUGUAUGCUGGGGAAGUGAACAUUUCUCAAGCCGAACUGCCUACCUUCCUGCGUACCGCCGAAUCUCUGCAGAUCCGAGGCCUCACAGAUUCUCAAAGCAAUCAGCACAACGAAAAGCACUCGAAGACAAAUAACGUUCACGCAUCGAACGGCCGUGGCCUGAUCUCACCGAAUUUCGAUGACGAGCGCAGUAAGACUCCACCACCUUCGAGUCCUCCGCCACUGAAAAGGCUGUGUAAAAGAAGUGAUUCACCUCAAAACUCUAGUCCAGUGCCCUCUGUACCACCACCCUGUUCCACCAGCACACCUCGCUCUCGUCAGCUCAUCGAGCCCCAGGUUCAGCUUGACUGUUACAAAGAAAUCGAUAUUGUCGAGCCAAAAAUAGAGUUACCCGAAUAUGGCAGCGACGAUGACUUCAACGAACGUCCUGUCACGAAACAGGAGGUCAAUACAUUACCGGGCGGCUUUCUCAGCCUGGACGGUGGUAUGGAGGUUUUACCCUCCUAUCCACCGUCCUAUGGUGGAGGAAGCGGAAUCGAGGGAGGAAUGCCUGGCCCGUCGCACGGGAGUACCGAACUGAAUCAAGAGCAGCAAGUUUUAGCAGGUCGAAGAGUACGUCGCGGCAGGCCGCGACUUGGAACCAGAGGCGGAAGACACCUGUCGUCCGUACACGCGAAUUCUCCCUCGAGGAACGAUUGGUUGCCACUUGACAUGAGGACGACACCACCGGCGAUGCCUGCUUUUCGUGGAUUCGAGGAACCCUCUUCCGACGGCGUGGUUCACUUGGGGGAGGGCAUAGCCGUCUGCGAGGAGCAGUUGAGAGCGGUAAAGUGGAGCGACUAUCGGAAGUUGACCAGGGGGUUGGCGGCCAUCUUGUUUAGUCCGACGGAACUGGCGACGUGUUCCGUUACGGGUCAACGCUGGAGCCGUGCCGGAACCGCGACGGAACGUCCGGUCAAGCCCGCUCUCGACAGGGCCAAGGUGCAGGCCAUCAUAUCGUACGUGACGUCGAGGUUUCCGUCGGUGGAUGUGAGUAGCGUGAAGCAAGUACUCGCGUACAAGUGCAAGGAGAACUCGACCGCCCUGAAGAUGAAGUCCAUUCGGUAUAUCUGCGAGCGCCAGGACACGGAAACGUCGCCCAGGGGCGAGUCCGAGGACAAGUGAGGGCCGGAAAGGGAUGCGCGCAGGGUGCAGCAGCCCUUCCUGCGCCGGCGCGUCCUCCCGCACGGCCAGUCCCGUCCCAAGUCCCCGAGUCCGACCCAGCCGCAGUCGCCCGGCUCCCUCGGGGGCCUGAUGCGCCUCCACGCCAUCCACCGCGCCCUCCAGGCCACCCUCCACGCGGCCGCCUCCUAUCUGUAGGCGCCGCCACCAGGAGAGGUAUUUCCGGCGCCGCUACUUUCUUACAGGCCGGCGCCACGGGAACUGCCAUAUCGGGCGCUCCACCGCUGCUCCGUUCAUUCGUUUCGGGAAUUUCGACCGACUGCCCGCGAGGAGGGAACGGGUCGAGGCUCCAGAGGAACUCGGAAUGUUUUAUAGUCAGAACUAGGAGAAUUGUCUUUCUUUUUAGCGGAGUUUACGUAGUUAGAAGAGGGAAUUGAGAGGAGGGGAUCGAACGGUCCCGACUGGCUGGAGGCCGUUGGGGAAGGGACGUUGGGCAUGGACCGAGCGAACGGGUAGAGCGGAUCUACUCGAUCGUGACGGAAAUGUCGUCGACUCCUUUCCGGGGGGGCUGAUACGAGCAAGGCGGAUCGGUAAGGAUCGAACCGCUCGUGUUCGGUGUUAUUAGGAGAAAUUGCCCCGCGACGAGACGGCGGGCGAAGAUGGAUCCGCCGAGUCGGGGGAGGGUCGCCACUAAACCCUGGAGGAAAUUCUGCUAAGUAGGAUUUAAAACCUGGAGACUGGAUAGAGGUCGAGCGUGUUAAUAGGUUACGGAGUACUUCGGAUCGUUGGUAGGGAUUUUACUAUGUGAAUUAUUAAACGAAUUCGGGAAAGUAGCCAAUUGAAUUAAAUCGAACGAGUCGGUUAUGUUGGUUAUGGCGAGAUGCUUGCCGAGCGAACCGAUGGAGUUGAUCGGAUACGAAUCCAGCGAAGUAGGGGCAAUCUAUUUCUACUUAAUGUUAAGUAGUCUCGUCGUGGAAAAUCGAGGAGCUGGUUGUUGAACGCGUUACUUGAACCGGUAGCGACCUUCAUGUUUGCCCGAAUCUACCCCCGUUGGGCCAGUUCACUGAUUUGUUAUCCGAUUUCUUGUCGGAAUCUGGACCGUAUACAGUCAAUAAUCGUCAAUUCAACGUAAUGCUGUAUCUUUCUACGAAUUAACCGGUCUACGAAGGUAGAUUAACCCGGUCCAAAUAGUGAUCUUGCACCAACGGUGAUGUACAAAGAAGACACCGUUCGUCGGAACUAUGUGCACCUUUUUCCAUAGUUUUGACCGAUCACGAUCUACUGAGAAGUCGCAGGUACCCAAAUGAAAUUUUAGUACUUUGUAGGGGUAGUUACCUAUGUGACUUAAGUAAGCCCUACUUUAGGCCCGCGAGUAGAAAAAAUGACAAUAUCUGCCAAUGUUGAGAUCCGAGAUAGGACCAAAAUUGUAUAAAUGUUACUCGUCUUUGUACUAUCUGAAAUGCCAUUUAAGGUGAUACGAAAAUGGCAUCCAAAAUGUCAAUCGUUUGUGAAACUUUUGUCCUAACUGGGCGUAUCGAAUCGUUUAAAAUUUUACCACGUGAACAUGGAGGCCCUAAGGAAGGUCCUGACAUCCUUGAAAUUUCGUCUUUUUCUAACAAAAAAAAGUAAAAAAUGUCCAUAAACAAAUGAAGGAAAAUGAAAUUUCACGGGUGUCGGGAUUUUCCAUAGGGCCUCUAUAUCCGCGUGGGAAAACUUCAAACAAUUCGGUACACCCAGCUCGGAGUUUCUUAAGGAAUACGUCACUUUCGAAUCACCUUAACACUACCGAUCGGCAAAUUUGGAAGUAAAUGGCGAUCACGGGUAUCGCAAAACCGAUUAAUAGGCUUCCGGUCGAUAAAGUGUUAAGACCUGCGAUUAUAGAUUUUAAAUAGGAUCAAAAUUCCGACUGACGUGUGACCAUCGGCUUUAAUGAUUCUGCCACGCAAACCUUCCCAAAACUCUUCGUCAAUUAGCCUCUCACCCUCUAAUGUGUCCUCCAAGAUUGACCGUACAAGUCAAAAUCGAUUGAUCUGGUCAAUGAUACGUGAUCGAGCCAGCUCCUCGAUUAUUUGCCGCGGUUCCUCGUGGAUGAGCAAUCGGUCGUCGACACCCCAUCGACCCGACCAAGGUGGCUUCCGGUUGUUUUUGGAAGUCCUCUUGGUUUGGGAUGCGACGAGGCUUGACCGAAACACGGCUGACAGGUCGAAAUGCAGACGGGGCAGAAUGGCGGAGAACGCAAUUACACUCGUGGAGGACUCUCAAAGGCUGAAUAAGGUCGCUAACGAGGCCAGUCGGUAAGCAGGGCGCCGAAUAACGCCGACAAAGUUACCGACCGAGCUCUCUCUCCUGUGCGGACUUAAGUACCAAAGCUGCUCGCUUGCGGACGUUUUCGCUGAUUAGACUCUCUUGUGGACGCUGAAACGUGCUGCCGAUAUUUAUCGGCUCUGACCGGGCCUUUGGGUGCUGCCGGAAGUGCUGCCGAGUCUGGACACGUUCCCCACGUGGGAUUUGAUAUGGCUCCCAUGAACGUUGCAGUGCCGCGCAAAACGGUGAAAUUUAGUAUAACGAAAAGUUCCCGAGAAAUUGUCGCUUCAUCUUUGGACCCGGAACAAAAAGAAUGCUGUCAAUAAUAUUUUGCGUACAUUUUAAUUUUUAUUUGGACAGGUUCCCUAUGGGAUUUGAUAUGGCUCCCCUGAACGUUGCAGUGCCGCGCAAAACGGUGAAAUUUAGUAUAACGAAAAGUCCCCGAGAAAUUGUCGCUUCAUCUUUGGACCCGGAAGAAAAAGAAUGCUGUCAAUAAUAUUUUGCGUACAUUUUAAUUUUUAUUUGGACAGGUUCCCUAUGGGAUUUGAUAUGGCUCCUCUGAUCGUUGCAGCGCAAAAUUUAUUAUGACGAAAUGUCCAUGAAAAAUUGUCGUUCCAUCAUUGAACCCGUGCCAAAAAGAACGCCAUUAAUAAUAUUUUGCGUACACUUUAGUGUUCAUAAUGAAAGGUCCCUCAGAGACUGACAAUUUUGUAUUCAUGGAAAAGGAGACGUCAUUAAUGACAUUUCGCGUGUAUUUUGUUUAUCGUUUAACGUAAGUUUCAUUCGGUUGUUGUUAAACAACGGAGUGCGUAAGACUUUGAAAUCUGAUGUAGAGUCCUCUUUUUUGUGCAAUUCAAGAAAAAUAUCUUGAGCUCCCUGUUUUGAAAGAUGGUUUACGUAGGUUCGUUCUGUAAGCAUGAUUUUUGGUUGAAUAACUUCAUUCGAUAACUUUGAGUUUGCAAUGUUAGUCUUGGGAGGAAUGGUGGUUGGCUUGUUAUUUAUCUUCUCGUGAGAAGGUAAGGUAAAAAUUUCACCUACUUGGCAAGUUAUGUUACAUUUUCUCUAUAUUCAAAUCUGGAAAAUAGGGUACAAAAUUACAGGGCAUAUUUUGCAGCUGUUGAUAGUCACUUUUAUUUAUGCGGAUGUUUCAUUUCAUACUGCACCCUUGAAAUCGGGUUACGAAAUGCCUGGCGCAUUCAUGUCGGCCAAAUGUGCUUGGUCGUGAAUGAAAUUUGAGAAAGGAAUCCGAGAAGUACUAAAAUUAGUGAUCGCCUACUCUCGGUCGAGGAAAGGUGAUCCUUUGGAAAUACCGAAAAAUUUUGAAAUUCCCUCAGCUGCCUGUUGAUUCGAAAGGUUGGGUCAAUAAUAGCACUGGCCAGAUCUGUUUGCUCUUGAAAUCUAUUUGCAGACCAAUUUCCAGAAAGGUUGAAUGAAAAAUCCCACGUACUCGUGGCUCGUUUCAAUACUUCAAGCCGCGAGGAUUUAACUUUCAUUAAACUCUUCUCAAUCCUUUUGAAACGGAACGGACGAUUCCCGGAAAACAAAUAUAACUAAUUGAAAGCAAGAUUUUUCCAAAUUGCCAGAGGUUCAAUUAUUUGUUUUCAUUUGUUUCUUAAAUUCCCCGCAGAAAGCGCAACCAAUCUCUCUCUCUCUUUUUUUUCAUUUGUUUAAUGUUCUGCUCUAGAGUCUCUAAAAUGGCAAGUGCCGAAAUAUCCUGUAAAUCUCAAAAGCUAACAAAUCUGAAACAAACAUCAAAUUACCACUUUUGUUAUCAUUCUUUGACAGUAUUUCAAACGUUAAAUACAGUGGUUCUUGGCCCGUCUUCGAACUUGUAACAAAAGUUCCACACAUACAUAUAUAUAUAUUUCGUGCAUACAUUUGCAUACUUUGCCGUUAGUUUCAUGACCCUCGAGAGAUUUUGGAGUUGCGUAAAUGUUCUUAUCGGGUGUUCCGUGAUUUUGAAAAGUUUAAUGCGAUAUGAAAGGGUCAUCCUAUAUAUAUAGAACGUCAAAAUACCUAAAAAAAACUUUUCUCCAAACUGGGUGUA